AAGCGAAAAACACGCAACCAACAUGGCGGCCAGGCCAACGCGGUGCUUUAGAGUUUGUUGCUUUUCUUCAGCGUCCUUGCACAUUUUCUUCGCCGGUUGUUUAAGUCGAACUCGUUCCAACUGACGAUGAUAAUAAAGAUGAACUCAGUCACAACGACGGCGUCCUAAAAGGGAAGUGACGUAAGCGGAACGUGAACAAACAGGAAGAGACACAAAAAGCAACCGGAAGUCCUGCCUCUCAGGUUUGUCGUCUGCUGCAACUCGUCCGCGGUGUCUGGCUUCACAUUCCGGCGCAGGUAAGAACGGCUCGGCUUGGCUCGGCUCGGUUUGCUUCACGACCAGAGCCGCACCGAGCAUUUAGGGAGCGCUCGGUGCAUCGCAGGGGGCGGUGCUUAGAGACUCCAAGGCGCCUCAGGCUGCUGACGGGGACAAGGAGCGAACCGGUGUCCCGGUUCCGUUAGGACUACUCGGACCCUCCACCCGGUCCUCUUUUGGCACCCGCGGGUUUUAUCCACCAGACCGUAGAAGAAAAGCAACAUGGACACAGAGUUGUUUAUGGAGUGUGAGGAGGAGGAGCUGGAACCAUGGCAACAGGUGGACGCCAGCGUGGACGAAGACGACGUAGACUAUGCGUCGUCAUCGCCAUCCUCGCUGAUGCCGCCUCCUCUUCCUCCCUCUUCCUCUACCACACCCCUGGUGUCCCAGCCCCCUCCCCUCAUCCUGACGCAGACAAACAGGGGGCCGCUCUUCCUCCCGGCCGCCCCUGGCACGGCCACGCCCCUUCUCCUAACCGCUGAGGGUUUCCCGCUGCAGGGCACGAGGCCCGGUUCUUCUCUGGUCCUAAACAUGCCGCCGGGUCAGCCGGUGACCCCGCUCACGCUCAUUCACACCCCGCCGGUCGGUGCGUUGGUGCGACCCGUUGUGGGCAUGGCCUCCGCCCCCCCGCAGACCAGGCCCUCCUCCGCGCUCACAGGAGUCCCCACAGAGCCCGCCUCCCUGCAUCUGCCCGCUGCGCUAACCAUCCACCCCAGCAAGGCGGGUCAUGUGAGCCUUUACAUGUCUCAGAUGGGCGGGGCCAAAGCCUCGGAGUCAUCAGGCGUGAUCGACGCAAUGCCGCCGUGCAGCAGCAUGACAGCGCCGGGCCCCUCCCCUUUGAAAGGGUCCCUCCCAAGCGGGGAGUUAGCCCCGGCGCGCCGCAAGGUGGUCCUGAGUGUGGACGAGUUCUACUACGGAACAAAGGAAGGGAGCCAAGGUGGGAGGGGGCCACACCCUUUGGAGGUCAAAGCCUCCAGCUUUACCUGCCAAGUCUGCUCCCAGCCUCUCAACAACAACCUGAGGUUGGUGCAGCACACGCUGCAGCACUCGCCGCUGGUACGAGGAGGCGACGUGAAGAAGCUCUGCACCUUCUGCUUCCGACAGUUAUCCUCUCCAGUUCAGCUGCAGAGCCACCGGGAGCUGGUGCAUGGCUCCGCCCCUUCGCCGAGCACGUGUCGCAUCUGCGAGUGGUCUUUUGAUAACGAGUCGGCCUUCCUCAACCACAUGAAAUCCAACCACAAACCAGGAGAGAUGCCUUACGUCUGCAAGGUGUGCUCCUAUCGCUCGUCUUUCUACUCGGACGUCCUGCAACACUUCGCCAGCUUCCACAGAGACCUGCGCUGCCUGCUCUGCGUCUUCUGCCUGAAAGUGACCAGGAACGUGGCAAACUACCAGCAGCACGUGCUGCGGCACAAGGUGAGUCAAGCCUUCCACUGCAACAGGUGUCGUCUGCAGUUUGUCUUCCUGAAGGACAAGACGCAGCACAAGCUGGAGGACCAUCACAGCGUCCGCCGACCCGCCAAACUGGAAGGCCUGCCGCUUGGGUCAAAGGUGACCAUCCGGAUGUACAGCAAGAAAAGGCCCCCCGUGUCGUGGGUGAGGGGCGCUGCCCAGCUCCUGCAGAACCCCUCCUCUCUCAUCCAGCCAAUCAGGAUCAAAGCAAAGCAUCAGAACUCUUCAACCCCCAGUAGCCUGUCCACUGCUCCAGGGUCGCCCCCCGUGAGGCCCACCGGUGUCCAUGGCACCAGGUUGGUGUGCUUGGAGUGUGGAAGCGAGGCCUCUGAUCUCCCCGCCCAUUUUCCCACGCACGUGCGCUGCGUGCUGUGUGCCUACAGCAGCUGCUGCUCUCGAGCGUACGCCGCCCACAUGAUCCACCACCACGUCCCGCGUACCAAAGGGGAAGCACUUCCUCUUCAUCGGCUGCCCCCGCCUUGUCCCUUUACCCUGUGGUGUUCCCUGUGCGACUUCACAUCUCUGUCUGCCGACAAGAUGGCCGAGCACCUCGUGAUCAACCCAGAGCACCACAGCGCCACCUGUCGAACCCGGGUCUACAUUGAAUCGGAUAUCCAGCUGUAUUCAGAUGAAGAGGCUCCAAAGUCGGCUGAGGGGGUGGACCCUGUCCAAAGUGAGGACUGGAGGUCGGUCGAUUGUUGGAAACAGCCUUUAGAAAACUCAAGCAGGAAGUCCUGCGUGCUCCCGUUCAAACAGGCCAGUGGACCUCACCACCCCCUGGAGCAGAACAGCGAUGCCAUCGAUUUCUUCAACCUGAUGUUCCCCGCGGCCCUUGUAGAACUGAUCGCCACGGAGACCAACGCCCAUGCGAAGACCUGCCAGUACCUGGGCUCCGGAUGCCCAGACUGGAUCCCGGCGACCCCACAUGAGAUAAAAGGUUUCAUUGGUCUGUGCAUCCUCAUGGGGAUUCAGAACCUUCCCGAGCUGGCGCAGUACUGGUCGUGCAAUGACCACGACAACAGCCGCACGUUCCAACACACGAUGACCCUCGCGCGCUUCAAGCAAUUGGCGUCCAACAUUCGAAUGGGAAGCUUCACUACGGACGAGCAUCGCCGCACCGGCAACCCAAACGACUCGCUGCACAUCUUCAGGCCGAUGCUGGACGUUUUAGGCGGGUCCAUGUGGGAUGCUUACCGGCCAAAUUGCUGCCUGAGCAUUGACAGGGCUCUGCUACCCCGUCUGGAGGGAGACGGAGUCCUCGGCACAGGGGACUCCAAAAGCCAGCCUCAGGUGUGGCUGCUGUGUGACUCUAAGUCCGGCUACUGCCACCACUUCUUCAUCCAAACGGGCGAGAAGUUGAAACAAGAAGCGGGCUUCACCGUAGUGAUGGAGCUGGUCAAGGGUCUGGAGGACAAACACCAUCAGCUCUACUUGGCCAACUCGCUCACAUCAGUCCCGCUCGUGCAGAAGCUUUUGGAGCGCGGCAUCUACACAUCCAGCUCUUUCCCGCCCCUCAGCCACAUCCUUCCCAAAGGGCUGUGGGAGGACGGCCGUCUGGACAAACCGGGAGACUUCUUGCAAAGGAGUCUCGGCCCCUUGCUAGCCACGCGCUGGAAGGACACCAAGGAAAUGGGCUGCCUGUCUACCAAUGCCGAUGCGGGCAAAGCGGACACCGUGUGGAGACGGUCUCAGACCAAAGUAGGCGGCUUGGAGCCCAUGAAUCGACCCAUGGCCUUCCGUCUCCUGCAAGAGAACAUGAGGGGGGUGGACAUUUGCAAGCAGCUACUUGCCUGCAACCCCCUCGGUGGCAUCCUGCAGGACCGCCACUGGCGUAGUCUCUUCUGGUUCUUGGUCAACCUGAGCGUGGUCAACGCGUUUAUUGUGUUGCGCGAGAGCCGCAAAGAGACCCCGCCGGCCUGGGUGCACAACGGGCUCUUCAUGCAAGUCAAUUUCCGAAAGCAGCUCGGCUGCCAGCUCGCCAAUUGUGCGCGGAGGUCCUCCUGGGCCGCGAGCUGGCAUCUGCCCAAGGCAGAGGGCACGGAUAAGACCAUCCAGCGGCACCGGCUGGCCAAAAUCGGUUCUGCCUCAAAGAGGUGCCACAACUGCAACAUUAAGAACAUUCACCACGAGAGUGUCUAUGGCUGUGUGGUGUGUCGGAUCAACCUGUGCAAGCAGCCUCGAUGCUUCUGGGAGUUUCACGGGCUGUCGCCCAUCAACAAGGGCUCGACAAAAGUGGGUUUCCUCAAGAACGCACAAAGCGGAGAGGUCGAGGCUGCCGAGGUGCAGGACCACAUGGCCCCUGUGGAGGACUUCUCUGAAGACGAGGGAGUGGACGAGCUCGAGGAAAACACAUCUAUGAAGGAGGAAAAGCCCGCCUCUCCAUCGCCGUCUCCAUGUCCGGAAGACAACAGCAAGCAGUCGGCGGCGUCCAUCCCCGACGAGCAGACGGACUUCCUCUCGCCUCAGCAGCUGCAGGUGGCCCUGCUGGCUUUGUGUGGCGGACUUCGCCGAGCUUCGUGCGUCUUCUCCACCGAGCCGCAGCUUAUCCGUUCCUGGCUGAAGGAGGCCAGGAAGCGUCUGAAGCCGAGAAAGGAGGACGCGUGCGGCGAAGGCGAGGCGUGCAUGGUGGCCUGGGUGCUGAGCCAGAGAGAGCAGCAGAUUCCCAUCAGCGAGAGCAACCUCUUCCGUAAAGCGUCGGUGCUAAAGAAGAACGGCGCGUUCGGCGACAGCUUCCAGAUCUCCUGCGACUGGGCCGUGCGCUUCAUGCUUCGGUACAAGCUCGGCCCUUCCGACGCCGGCGGGAGCUCGGUGCUGCCGCCGUCUUUGGAAGCCAAAAUCCGAUCUUUCAGGGCGUUCACGCAGAAAGUCGUCCGGGUCCAUGAACUUUCAGAAGGUUCUGUAGCGGUGGUGGACGAAUUCUGCCUCUUUCUGGAUUUCACCGGCGUCCCAGAACUGAGCAAGCGCACGGAGGCGCUGCAGUUCACCGGGUCCUCGCCUGUGGUCACGGUGUACCUGACCCUGCUGGCUGACGGCACCAUGUUGCCCGCCCUGGUGCUGAGCAACAGGAAGCCGGCCCACAAGGUUUUGACGGACUUUGUUUUGCUCGAAACACACUUGGAGAGCCCGUCAGCUGGCGAGGCAUUCAAGAUCUGGACUAAAAGGAUUUGGCUUCAGUAUCUCUCUGGGCCAGUUCACCACAAAAAGUCCAUGUUGGUUUUGGACCAGCACCAAGAACACACAGGAGAUGUUUUUCUUGGCAACAUCAGUGGAUCAGGAACUCUUCCCGCCGUGAUCCCCGCCGGCGGUUCCUUCGUCCUUCAGCCGGUGCUGUUGUGCCUCAAGCCGGCUCUGCAGCGGUUCUUGCGCUUUCGUUGGACCGAGUUCAUCGCCGGCAACUCGAAAGAGCUGGAAGAGGCGUCGCCGUGCCACCUGCAAGACAACGUCACCGGGAUUUUGCUGGACUGGGUGGUGGAAGCCUUGUUAAAACUGAAAGACCUUCGCCAGCUCUGGAGAAAGUCCUUCCAGCUCACAGGCAUCCUGCCCAAGCGGGAGCACGCCGUUGACCACGUCGAGGAAGGACAGAACCGCCAGGAGAACCAGCAUGAUCUCCUCAAGAGUCUGGAGGACAUUCUUCUGCCGUCCGAACGGGGUUUGGACCUCGGAAUGGAGGACAACGAGGAUUCCGAAGAUGACCAGACGUCGGCAGAGGAACAGGAUGGCGGGCAAGAGGAGGAGCCUAAAGAAAAAGGGGAGAAGACGGUAGAGUGUGAAGAGACAAAAAAGGACGGUGAGGACAAAGACGAGGUGAAGACACUGGAGGACAGUGAAGAAGAAGGGAAAGAGACCGAGGACGACAAGAUGGAGGUGACGACAGAGCGCAGAGAGACCAGGAUUAUGAUUGGGGAACAAGUCGGUGACGAGUGGAAAAUAGCUACGAAGACCAGGAUGGAAGGGGUGGAGCCAAAAGCGGACGGGGGCGAACAAAUGGACAUAGCUGAAAGUUCAAACGCUGUCCUUCCCUGAGGGCGCAGUCAGGCGCCGGACGGAACUAGCAGAAAAUGAGCUUCGCUUGCUCGCCUGAUCGUCCACCUUUUAGGUUACGAUGUCGUUACUUCCUCUUCCCAGUGUUUCGUCAGCUAGAACAAUCCGCUUCUAGCGGGCUUUGCCCAAGCUCCAGCAGGAAGGGGACUCAGAUGGCCCCAUUCGCCCACAGUUUGCCUGACACGUGAAACGUGAAAAAUUGCGGGGGCGCACUUUCCAAUUUAGCCGCCAGACGUCGGUAGAGUCUUGAAUUAUCACUUUGACCGCAGGGUCAGUUGCUUUUGUCGAGCAACGCUCUCCAUCGUUUUCAGUAGACUGCAUUGCAAAAAAAAAAAAAAUCUUCCACUCACGCGAGACCCAUCAUGGAAUGGGGCCAUACGAAUCCCUUCCUGGCUUUAGUCGUGCCAAAGUUCAUGCGACACGAGCUGGACCAAUCACCCAAACUUUAGUGUGCACUCACAAACUGUCAGACCAAAUGGACCAAUGAGGGAGCUUGUUGUUACAUCCACUUUCUGCCGAUCGUGCAAACAUUGCCGAGGUCGUUACUGGAUCAUCCUUUCAGGAUUUCCCAGAUUUUUUUUUUGUGGUUGAAAAAAAAAGACCUCGGUGGAAUUUUCAAUAGGUUGCAGUGUUUUGAUGCCUUUUUUCGCCCAAUAACUUUGCAAUUAAGUCUGUUUUAAGUAGUGUUCUUUGCAACCCUAACCCCGAAUAUCACGACAAAUCCAAUAAAAUAUGCAUACUUUGCAUAAUUGAAGAUUGGCGCUAAUGUACAGUACGAGUUACCCCCAGGACCUGGCUGGCUUUUUUUUGGGAGGCCUGAUUAUUUUGUACGUGUGUGUUGCAAUAAAAUUGCAGGAGACAGUGCAA